ACUUAGUUACAUUCCACCACUGAUAUAUACCAUAUAUAAUUAGAUAAAGAUGUAGAAUUCAUAAUAAACCAUAAUUCCUGAUGAUGUGAGCAUUAACUUCACAUUAUUAACCAAACAAACUAAAUUAAAGUGUUAAUGUAUGUGGAUCCAAUGAGCAGCUUUCAUGCUAACAUUAUGGUCUAAACCAGAUCAGCAGAAAAAAAAACUCCAGUCACACUUACAAGACAUCUCGUCCGCUGAAAGGAGGCGUCCCACAUUAGAAAGAUGAGACACAAAGUUAAUGGAGGACUUAACAGGCUUGGACAAAAGACACCCUCCGCUCCUGGAAAGACUUCAGGAUUGAACAAGGCCCCGAUGGCUUUCAGUCUGAACCAGAGCAGUGCCGUGGUCCUCCCUGUGCUCUCUGACAGUCAGCAGCUUGUCUGGGUGUACUCAAAUGAGAUCGACCUACAGAUGGAUGGUGCAGCAGAGAUGAACGAGGCCUUCGAACGCUUCCCGUACCUGUCUCAGAAACAGACGAAUGCUCUGGCGCAGCGCUGCUCCCUGCACCCCGACCAGGUGAAGGUGUGGUUCAUGCUACAGAGGCUGCGCUGCGGCAUCAGCUGGGACUGUAAAGACAUCCGCAUGGUUCGGAGGAAGUUCAAGCCCAGUCCGGGAAAGGACAGCCUGCAGAAAAAGAUGGAGGAUAAUGAGGUAAAAGAGGAUAGAGGAGAGAAAAAGAAAUGCAAAAUGAAUCACAAAGAUGUGAAAGAUCGUGGUGGGAAGACAGCAGGAGACGUUGGGGAGGAACGGAGCACCAGAGAGGGGAGGAUGAUGGGAGAAAAUGUCAGCUCGGAUGAGGAAGUGGAGGGAAAAAUUAAGCUGGAGCAACCAAUGAAAAAAGAAAAGGAGAGGAAAGUAGAUGAAGUCAAAAGGAAUACUCGGAAGCGGAAAAGGAUGACAGCGACGGACAAGAUGGGAAAUAAGAAAAAGAAACAAGGAGAAGCAGGAGAAGAAGGAAUAAGAAGUGAUGAAGGUGGAAUGGAGUGGCAGAAAUCCGCUCAGACGGAGACAAGACCUUUCACCAGAAUGAUGAAGAAAGCAAAGAAGGAAUUAUCGUCGUCUGCUUACAGCAGCUUUGUGGUGCCUGAUGAGCUGCUGGAUGCAAGUCUUCCACUCAUCCCCCAGUCUCAGACUCAGCUCUCUGAGGGGCCUCAGCUCUCUGAGGGGCCUCAGCUCUCCGAAAACCACACAAAACUGCUGAAAAGUGUUCCAGGCGUGCACACAGAGUCAACCAGCCAUGAUAAUGCCAUCAGUGAUGUGGACAGGCUGAAGUUCAUAGAGGUGCUCAGUGAUGUCAUCGUUGCGUACGGUUCCCCCGUGGUCACCCAGCAGCAGAUCUCUCACGUGUUAGACUCCUGCAGACUCUUCACUAAGAUCCGCCACAACACAAAGAUGUGGACGCGGACGAAGCUGGCCAUGAUGAAGGUGGCGUUCCUGUACUGCCAGUAUCCAGACGGGGCGGGCUACAGCCGCCUGGCCGCGGCCAUCGACAUCCCCCGAGACAUGCUGGUUCAGUGGUUCAGCGACAUGCGAUAUUACAUCAAGAAAGGAAAGCCGCGCUGGAUGAACACGGAGCAGCACAGCCGCGUGCUGGCCAACGUCCAGUACCACCAGUGCCUCAGCACGCUGCUAAAGAUGAAGAUAUGUGUGGCUCUCAGUGAGGCUGGUGGAGAAGCAACCUGGAAGAGUGAAAGCUGUGGCCAGAAGUGAUGCCUCUGUGCCAAAAAGCACACUAAGAGUACCUCUUUACAUUUUAACUCUAUGGAGUCUGGGACUAUUUUGUCCAUUUUUGAAUCCUUUUCGUGUCUUUUUUUGUGUCUUUUUGUGUCUUUUUUGGUCAUUUUGUGUCUGUUGUUGUGUCUUUUUGUAGUUAUUUUGUGUCUUUUUUUGUCAUUUUGUCUUUUUUGGUCAUUUUGUGUCUGUUGUGUGUUUUUUUGUCAUUUUAUGUCUUUUUUGGUCAUUUUGUGUCUGUUGUGUCUUUGUUUGGUCAUUUUGUCUCUUUUUUCUAGUCAUUUUGUGUCUAUUUUUAGUUAUUUUGUGUCUUUUUUUGACGUCAUGAAGAGGUCGAGGGUUAAGGAGGCAACAGAUGCAGUUUAGUGACUUUUGUGUUGACAUUUUGAACUUUUGGUAAAAGGUUUGACACAUUCUUGUGAACUUACAUGCGAUGUAUCAUUGUUAUACUGUUAUUAUGGUUAUUUAAAGGGACAGUUCAACCCAUAAAUCCAAAAUUGUUGUUUAUCUGACUGUAUGGAUGUCUGCCUUCUCUGGACUAUAAUGGAACUAGAUGGAUGUGCUUGUGGCUCUCAAAGCUCCAACAAAUGCAUUUGAAAAACUCAUCAGCAAUGUCUCCUUCCAGAUGUCAUGAUUCAGUUACUCAAGACAAUCCACACACCUCGUUGUAAGCCAGGUGUCUUUUUUGGUCAUUUUGUGUCUUUUUUGGUCAUUUUGUGUUGUUUUUUGUCAUUUUGUGUCUUUUUAAAGUAAUUUAGUGUUUUUUCAGUCAUUUUGUGUGUUUUUGUCAUUUUGUGUCUUUUUUUUUAGUAAUUUUGUGUCUUUUUUUGGUCAUUUUGUGUCUUUUUUUAAGUAAUUUUGUGUCUUUUUUUGGUCAUUUUGUGUCUUUUUUAAGUAAUUUUGUGUCUUUUUUUGGUCAUUUUGUGUCUUUUUUUAAGUAAUUUAGUUUUUUUGUCUGUCAUUUUGUGUCUUUUUUAAGUAAUUUUGUGUCUUUUUUUGUAAUUUUAUGUAAUUUUUUUUGGUCAUUUUGAUGAUGAGUGUAGCUCCUACAGGAAACUGCUCACAAGAUCUGUUGACAACCCUGUGGCUAAAAAAAAUGCUGUCAUUUUACAUUUCUGCAAACCAUAGAUAGUUGAAUGUUUCUUAACCACUCAUCCUGUUCUCAUAGUGACACGUGACUUUAAAAAUGCUGCAAAUGUGACGACUGGGCUGCUGUUGAUUGUCUUCAAUAACUGAGUCAUGAUUUAUGGAAAGAGACUUUGCUGUCAACUUUUUUAAAUGUAUUUUUGGCCUCACAAGUCGAAUGUUAUGUAGUUCCAUUCUGACUCACACCGAAAGAGAAAAAAAUAUAUUUUUAAUUUGGAGGUAAACUGUCCCUUUAAGACAGAUGUUUGAAAAAAGAUUGCCAAGUUAGACACAUUCCUGUGAGUUUUCCUCUUUUUUUUUAACAUAGAAUGUUUUGUUGUGACACUGUUAUUAUGAAAACUUAUUACAUUUGUCAACAUGCAUGUACUGCCUUUCCAGAAGAUACUCAUUUGCCCCCUUGCACCAAAAAUAUCCAUAGGAAAACUGUGGAAAACUGCUUAGAGGGACAAACAGAAAUGUAGCUGCAUGCCCAGCAGAAGCAGUUUAGUUUCCUCUAAUUAUGUGUUAAUGUUCUGAAUACUGUUUUUUAGAUAAAAGGCUGUGAAACAUUGUUGUAAAAUUUCCUCUGUUAUGCUGUUAAUGUGAUUUCUCGACACAUUUGUUGUGUUUAGAAGAAGCUCAUUUACAAUGUAGAUGCAGAUUUACAUUGAGGAGUCAGUUUGUGGUGUGCAGAAGUUUUUAUUGCCAUUCAAAUAAAAAACUUUCACUGUU